CCGCCGCCGCUGUCGCUGCCGCCGCCGACGAUCGCCCUUCUCCAGAGCCGCCGCUGCAGCCGCCAUUUGCACGGGGACCCCGGUGACAGGGGCUCGGCAGAGGGGCGGAGGGAGGGGGGGAGGGCCCGCGGAGCCCCCGAGGGCGGGAGCGACGCCGCCGGCGCCGGCCGGGCUCACAGCGCGACCGCGCCGCCCGCGGCGGGCCGGGAGCAGCAGCAGCAGCAGCAGCAACAGCAGCAGCAGCAGCAGCAGCAGCAACAGCAGCAGCCGCCGAGGCCGGGCGUGCGCCUGAGGCGCGGCGGCGGCGGCGGCGGCCCUGCGGGCAGCCAGGAGGGGCGGGGGCAGCGGCCGCCGCCGUUUGAUGGAUCCGAGGAUCGCCUGGUUCCAGCCAGAGCAGCUCGGACCGUCCAACAGUCUGUGGAUGCAGAUCUGGGAGACGACCCAGGGACUGAGGAACCUCUACUUCAACCACCACUGUCACAGCAGCGGCGGCGCGAGCGGCGGCGGAGGCAGCAGCACGGCCACCGGCGGGAGCGGCAGCAGCACCGGCAGCCCGGGCGGCGCGGCCCCGGCCCCGGCCGGCAUGUACCGUUCCGGGGAGCGCCUGCUGGGCGGCCACGCGCUGCCGGCAGAGCAGCGGGACUUCCUGCCCCUGGAGACGACCAACAACAACAACCACCACCACCAGCCCGCGGCCUGGGCCCGCCGGGCUGCCGCGGGCCCCUCGGCGUCCCCGGCCCCCUCAGCGUCCUCGUCCCCGCACUCCUCGGCCGCCGUCCCCGCCGCGGAACCCGCCGACCCAGCUUCGGGCAGCAGCAACAAGAGGAAGCGCGACAAUAAGGCCAGCACCUACGGACUCAACUACAGCCUGCUGCAGCCCAGCGGAGGGCGGGCCGCGGGGGGCGGCCGGGCCGACGGCAGCGGGGGCUUGUACAGCGGGACCCCGUGGAAGCGGAGGAACUACAACCAGGGAGUCGUGGGUCUGCAUGAAGAAAUAAGUGAUUUUUAUGAAUACAUGUCUCCAAGACCAGAGGAGGAGAAGAUGCGGAUGGAGGUGGUGAACAGGAUCGAGAGUGUGAUUAAGGAGCUCUGGCCCAGUGCUGACGUCCAGAUAUUUGGAAGUUUUAAAACGGGCCUGUAUUUACCUACGAGUGACAUCGAUCUUGUGGUGUUUGGGAAGUGGGAGAACCUACCCCUCUGGACCCUGGAAGAAGCUCUUCGGAAGCAUAAGGUUGCAGAUGAGGAUUCGGUGAAAGUUCUAGACAAAGCAACUGUACCUAUUAUUAAAUUAACAGAUUCUUUUACCGAAGUGAAAGUUGAUAUCAGCUUUAAUGUACAGAAUGGUGUGAGAGCAGCUGACCUCAUCAAAGAUUUUACCAAGAAAUAUCCUGUAUUACCAUACUUGGUAUUAGUAUUGAAACAGUUCUUAUUACAGAGGGACCUUAAUGAAGUAUUUACAGGUGGAAUUGGUUCUUAUAGUCUCUUUUUAAUGGCAGUAAGUUUCCUUCAGUUACAUCCCAGGGAAGAUGCUUGCAUCCCCAAUACAAACUAUGGUGUUCUCUUAAUAGAAUUUUUUGAAUUAUAUGGACGACACUUCAAUUAUUUAAAGACUGGCAUCCGGAUAAAGGAUGGUGGUUCCUAUGUGGCCAAAGAUGAAGUACAGAAAAAUAUGCUAGAUGGCUACAGGCCAUCCAUGCUUUAUAUUGAAGAUCCUUUACAACCAGGUAAUGAUGUUGGAAGGAGUUCAUAUGGGGCCAUGCAAGUGAAACAGGCCUUUGAUUAUGCCUACGUUGUUCUGAGUCACGCUGUAUCGCCAAUAGCAAAGUACUAUCCCAACAAUGAAACGGAGAGCAUAUUAGGUAGAAUAAUUAGAGUAACAGAUGAAGUUGCCACAUAUAGAGACUGGAUAUCAAAGCAGUGGGGCUUGCAGAAUAGGCCUGAGCCUUCAUGCAAUGGAAAUGGUGUUACCUUGAUAGUAGAUACUCAGCAGUUAGAUAAAUGUAAUAAUAAUCUAUCUGAAGAAAAUGAAGCCCUUGGAAAAUGUAGAAGUAAAACUUCGGAAUCUGUUAGUAAACACUCUUCAAACUCUUCAUCAGGUCCAGUGUCUUCCUCUUCUGCUACACAGUCCAGCUCUAGUGACGUCGAUUCCGAUGCGACACCGUGCAAAACCCCGAAACAGCUGCUCUGCCGCCCGUCCACUGGGAACCGGGUAGGGUCGCAGGAUGUGUCCUUGGAGUCCUCUCAGGCAGGCGGGAAAAUGCAGAGCACCCAGACCACUAACAUAUCCAACAGCACCAACAAAUCCCAGCAUGGAUCAACAAGGCUCUUUCGUUCUUCCAGCAAAGGCUUCCAAGGUACAACCCAAACAAGCCAUGGUUCCUUGAUGACAAACAAACAACAUCAAGGCAAAUCAAAUAAUCAGUAUUACCAUGGCAAAAAGAGGAAACACAAGAGGGACGCCCCCCUCUCAGACCUUUGUAGAUAGUCGGCGUUGUACGAUGGACUGUCUUCUGUGUGCAAUGAUCUCAUGCUCAGGACAGUUGGAUAGGGACUCCUGGGAAACAUUCGGGAGCCUUACACUGUUCAGACGUUGAUUUAGCAACUGCGUUUUUUCCCAGCUCGCCACGGAAUGGAUCAUGAAGACUGACAACUGCAAAAACAAAAAGCAAGCAAAAAAGGGGAAAAAAAAGGCUGCUCAUUUGAUAAGUCAUAUGCUAUAACAGGGUCAUUUUAAGAUUUAAAGCUUGAAUGUAAAAUAAAUCUAUUUCUCAUUGGCUUUAUGCAGAGUUAUAGGGAAUAGUAUUCAGUGGGUAGGGUGAUAGAAACAAGAAACAAUUUCAGAGGAUGGGGUGGGGAAGGAAAACACAGGUAUCUUAUAGGAAGUCCAGAUUUCAAAGGGGAAAGUGAUCUGUGCAUGUUUUUUUUUUUAAUAUUUUUGCAUAUAUUUACCAUUUUAUUGUGUGUAUAUAUAGAUGACCAUAUAGGAAAUUGAUAUUUGUAAUAGUGGAUUUGUUAAUACUUUUUACAUAACAUUACUGUUUAAAUUGUAAACAGAUUUUUCUCAGGAUUAGUUUGAAAAAUAAUCUGAAUUGUCAUCUUAACAUCCAUCUAUAGGGAAGUGAUUAGUUCUAUUACUCAAUUUGUUUCCUCAACAUUGAAAUGACUUAAUAGAACCCUUGUGACCUGCUGCAAAAAUUUUCCUCUCUAAAGAAAAGGUUAUGGUGGCAAAUGACGUUUACUUUAUUUUGUAAAAAAAAAAAAAAAAAAAAAAAUGUACUAUGUACUUUUGUGUAAACACUGAAAAAUCUCUAGUCAUCUCUAAGAAUUAACUUGCAACUGUUUUCUAUAGUGCUGUCGUCUUGGGCAAUGGGCAAUUACAUGACUUUGUGUUUGUUUCCUUUGCAGUCUCUCUUUUUUUUUUUUUUUUUUUUUCUUCCUAAUAGGAAAAAAAAAAAAAGGCCACCCACGUCUGGUCCCAUUCCUGUUGCAGUGAAACCUCGAGUUCCACAGACGUUGCAUGCUGGCUCCUCUAACCCUGUGUGCUGCGUGUGCUUGUUUUUCUCAUCUCUUAUUCUUUUUUAAAUUCAUGCUAAACUACUGUGGGAGAGAAUAACUGUAAACAGCUUUAAUUAAAUCAUACUUAUAAAAAACUAUUUUCUUAUACUCCACUUUAUGCUUUUGGUAUUGUUGAUCUUUAAAAAUUAAAUGGUCUUUGAUAAUGGAUCUAUUUUGUAUUGCCUUAUUAAGACCAAAUAACUUCUUGUCAUCCCAUUCUUUAUCCUCUCCUUUCAUGGAAUUGUUAUCUUUAAUUAAAACUUUUUUAAACAUUGGCUUGUUUCAAUCAUACUGUAAAUUUUGGUUGUGGUCAGUUUUGAGUGCAAAUGAGAUGUAUAAUUCUGUUAUUCAUCACAUGUUGAGUAUGAAACUCGGUUGGGAAUAUUUAAUAGAAUGUAAGUGAUGUUUCUGAAAAUGCUUCCUUUCAAGGUGAACACUCAUGUUUAGCAUCAGUAUGUCUGGCUCUGUUAAUUACAGCCAUUUCUGAGAUGAGAUUCUUUUAUAAAUAUAUACAUAUAAAGUACUAUUGGCUUUUAGGAAUUUCUUUUAUAUACAUUUAUGAAAUACUGAAGACCAAUCAGACCAUUAAUGGACACUUAGUGCAACUUUUUAUAAAGAAAAUAAUGCUAAAAUAAGACCAAAACUGAUGUCAUCACUGAAAUUAACAGUUUUCAAUAAGUUCGUAUUUUAAUUCACAGCAAAAAAAUGUGUUCCAGAACUGGAAGUUCAUAAUACUUGUGUAAACCGUGGAAGAUUUUAAAUGUGAUGUUAUUUUGACAAUGUUUUAAAUUUUAGAGUCACAUUUUAUUCUGAUCAGAAUUUUUAUCAAGAUGUUGAGCUUCUGUUUUUUUGAAACUAGUUUGUCAUAACAUAUUGUGCAUAAUCACAGUAUUUAUUUUCUAGGACUAUUGUGAAUGUGUAGAGUUAUGUUUACUGCUAAGGGAACAAUUAUUUAUAAAAUAAUAUUAAAUCCAGUAUUAGCUGCCUAUUUCAGACACUUAAUACUUGCAGAGAUCCAUGUUACAUUUACCACACUGAAGUUUUUUUUUAAAGAAUCACCCUCAUUGUUGAAAGUAAAUGUACUCUUAGGGUGCAGAUAUUAGUGUUUCAAUAAGCAUGUGAUUAUAUUAAGGUGGUGGUAGCGGGAAGAUAAUCUUGAUUCCAUUGGGAAUCUUAGGUUUUCGUAAAUUUAUUGGGAAAAUAGUUUUUCCUGUACUGCUGACGUUUCUUUUUGGUAAACAGUAUCUUUCUAAAAGAAAAGCAUGAAGGAGAAAUUGAGGUGUGUACAUUUCCUCAAAUGACCAGCAUUGUAUUCGUGAAUACUGUGUAUCUUGCAAUGAACAGUGUGGAAGCUGUUCAUUUUUCAACCUGAAGUAAAAUACUUUCAAGAACUUUUAGUUUGCCUGCUCAUUUGUUUUGUACAUUUCAUCUCUGUGUUUGACUCCCGUCUUUUUUCUUUUCUGAGUUUAAAUACUUUCUAUAAAGAUUUUGUGAAUAUGUCAGAAACGUGCCAUUUAAAUAUUAUAGUCCAUCCAUAUCCAUGAGUCAUAACCUUCCUUUGCUAGUGCUUGUAGAAUGGGGUUCUACAAAUCCUGCCUCACUGUGGUGACAUUUCUCUGGCAGUGGCGUGCGUGUACCUGGUUGGUGUGGAAGCUCCUUAAAAAGUCAUAAUAAACUUUUCAAAAUACUGGUUUUUAGAGGUGCUGAUGGGUCAAAGAGGUGUCAGCACAAAAC